AUGAAAUGCCGCAAGUAUCUCGAUUUGAGCAAAAGUUAAGGCAACUGUAGUAUUUAAGUCGUACAAUAUGUCGUGCUUAUGUAAAAGUCGGGCAACUGUUUAUAUAAGCACCCAAGAUGUUUCCUAGAUAGGCGUGCUCCACCGAACUUUAUAUAAGCACCCAAAAGCGCUAAUCCGAAGUAUCGAUCGUGAAUCAGAGGCUCGAAAUCAUCAAGGAGCUCUACGAGAUGCUGCAUAAUGAGGUACUAGCGUAUUUUAGAUGUUGCUGCCGAAUGUUAAUGGGGUAACGAAGUACUUUGAUGUCGAGCUUGUUUAUUGAGUCAGAACUACUCGGAACUAGGCGUAUUUUUGUUUGAUGUAUGCGUUUCCCUGAUAAAACUUUUCUUUUGAGAAGUAACAGUUGAUGUUGAAACGAACUAGUAAGUAUGAUCUUUGAUUCUUGAUCUGCUCCUGGUGGCUGAGAGGGGCAUUUGCAUUUUGUCCCACUGAAGUGGGGUGGAAGCAAGUCUGCAGAGCAAGGAAAGAACCCGGACCACGUUCUUGCGCCAGAGGACCUUCACGCCCGAUCUUAGAAACGUACAAGAUGUAGCAAACAGGACCACUACAAGAACUCAUAAAAACUGGACAGCAAAUAGAAACUGGACAACAAGACGACCCCCGACACGAAAACUAUCACGUCAGAUCACUAUCGAAAGCGGGCAUCGAUUAGAGUGGAUUGUCAUACUGCUCGUCUUUGCGAACGUGAUAGUGGACAUACUUGCAGUAAUGGUCGACAUGUAUCGAAAUCCAUAUUGGGGACCGUGGCUGCUGGACAUACUCUUAUGGACAAUUUUCUGUGAUACUCAACUAAAACAAGAAUUCGAAUGUGAAUGUCAGCAGACAUAUUACGACAUUUUCAUCGGAUGCAUUUAACUGUUAGUGUUACUUAUGGAGAUCAUCAUCAUGGUGUAAGUAAGUAGUAGAUUCACAUUUUAUUUCUUUCGGAUUCUUCUCUCCGCUAAUAAUAGCCGUACGGUUUUGGCCGCCGUUGUUACGCCAUGUGCUGCUACCUCCAACUACGAGCUACUCCAGACCAGAUAUGCAAGCCGACUUGAUCGAAUGGCUCUAGGUUUUUCCUGGAGGACUUGGUUGUUCUUUGUUUUCGCUGCUGCUACUAGUUUCCUUCUGCUUCAUCUUCCGACUUCUACUCCAUCUUCUGAGAGUAGUUUUCUUCGGCUUGCUGUGCUAGUAGUUUUGUCCUGCUACUCCUGCUGCAGGUGCGCGGGGAAGGAACAACGAAGAAGACGAUACUAGCCAACGCGCCUCACGAUAGAGGCAGUGCACCGUCCCCUUUAGAAGAAAGAACGCUCCUCCUCCCGCACGCUCUCAAAAAACCCUCUAUCAGGUGACGAUAAAGAACGAGCACAACCUAGAGUGGAUCAUCAUCAUCUUGAUCGUCCUCGAAGUCGUUUUCGAAAUU